AUGAAUCUGUAAAAUGUGGAAUUCAAAUAAAUAAAUUUCUACAAAAUAAUGAUGUCAAUUUUGGAUGUCGAAUAACUAUGCUCAAAUCAAACUCAGCCUAUUGAACCCGAAUAAAUUUUUAUAAAAUAUAUAUCUGAUAGGCCUGAUCAUCUGAAUUUUUGGAAAAUAGCCAUAAAGAUUGAAAAGAAUGUUUGCAAUCAAGUAAUCUCUUAAGGAUAAUUGGCAUUCAAAUGUUCUACGUGUUUUGGUGGUACUCCACAUUUAUUUUGUUCUUAAUGUUUUAAUAUUGAAAGACAUAAAAAUCAUAACUGUUACUAUACUGCAAUCACAGGUAACUGUAGCUGUGGAAGUUUUGCACCUGAAUAGAAUUGCGAGGUUCAUUAAACAUUAAAAGAAUAGAACUUAAACUAAUUUGAAGUGAUACCAGCUGAUUUAGCAGAAAAGAUUGAGUAAUUCAUUAUGACUACAAGUUCAGUUUAUAACUAAGUCAUGAAACAAAUAGAAAUGUAAUGGCAUAAUUAUAGACAGGCAAUCAUGUAAUUGUAUCAUUUGUGUCAAAAGUUUAAAAUCAGUUAAAUCUAAUAAACUAUAGACUAAAGGAUAAAUUAUAAAGACUAUUACAAUUUAUUAGUCAAAAGUUAAUGCCUUCAUUAAACCAUAUUUAAUAUUAUUGAUUGGUUGACCAAAGACAGAGAAGUAUUUCAAAAUCUGAUUGCCAAUAUAUUCCAAAACCAAUUACCAAAUUGCACCUAUUCUUUAUAUGAAAGUCUCAUAAGACAUUAAACAUUAUAAGAAGCAGCAUCACCAGAGUUACCAUUCUUUAUUGGAAAUAUAAUAGAAAGGUUGGCCUCAAAUUCUAAUUUCUUUGAAUUUAUAUGCAAAGUUAAUCUCAAAGUAUUUUCAAGCCUAUUUUUACUUGCUAAAAAUGCAUCAACAAAGACUGCUGAUACUAUUUUUGAUUACGUUGAUUUGUUAAAUGAAUAGUAGAAUAAUAUUGAUCCUUAGUAUGCUAACAAGAAUAAGAAAAAAAUAGAGGAGGUAAAUAAAAACGUUGAAACAUAUUUGCAAGAAUUACAACAAGAUAAUUUUACAUCUUACAGUUACAUUCCGUGUGAGCUUAUUACAUGGUUUAGGUAAUCUACUAAUGAAAUCGCAAUGAAGGCUCUAGUAGAUAAUUUAGAUUAAAUUCAAGUCUUUGAUCUUUUGGAAGACGUCUACAGUUAACUCCAUGUUCCAUUAGGAGAAAUGUAAUGUUAUCCUUGGGAAGUAAUUAAAUUCUUUGGACCAAAAUUUAGAAGCCCCCAGUUUGACCAGUUUAAUAUGAUUUCAUUGAAAAAUGCUUUAGGAACUGAUUAUGAUAAAUUUAAAACUCAGAAUGCUGAUUUGAAUCUGAUCAAAAAUUUUGACUAUGGAAAAUGUUUAUUAACUAAACUCAUUAAUUGCUUAGGCAAGGCUUCACUAUCAAAUUUACCAAAUAAACCUUUUGAUUAUAAAUUCUCAAUGAAUGAAGAUGUUGAUUUAAAAUAUUACAUACACUUUGAGGGAGAAUUCAUUAAAGAAAUAGAAAAUGCAAUUAUUAGCUUGUUUUGUGAUUCUGAAAGUACUCCAUAACUGGAAAUGAACUUCAUUUCAGUAAUCCUCGUCUAAAUCUAUCAGUUAAUUAAAAAUAAAAGAAAUUUUGGAGUAAAACUAGAGACUCUCCUGGCCUAAAAAUUCUCUCAAUACAUAGAUUAAGAAGAAGAUUCUUCAAUCAAAUUGGCAAAAGCUAGAAAAAUGUAUUGUUAUUUCAUUAAAAAUGCCUCCAUUUUAGAUAAAUUGUUUAUCAAAAUUCUAAGUUUGCAUUUGUCUCUUAAAGAAUACUCAGAACCUCAACAAUUUCUAGAUUUCCUAUAGUCAAUUUUAGAUGAUUCAAUAUAAGUAAUUAAAUAGAAUUUUUAAUAAAUUUUAUAAAGAUGCAUCUAGAAAUUUACUACUGUUUGGACAAUGAUUGAUGAUAAUGUAGAUUAAAUGUAUUACGGUUUAAAAGAAAACAAUUUGAGAUCAAAACUAGAGUCGUUAGAUACUGCUUUUGGAAAACUAUAUAUAUAUUUAUUUGGUGAAGAAGGCAUGCUAGAUGUCUAUAAGGCUAUAAACAAUAUGCUCCUUCCAGAUAUUACGAUGCAGUGCUCCAUCACCUAUUUAUAUCUACUGAGGAUGAUUGCAUCAGAUCUUGAUAUUUAUAACUCAUCCAUAUUUUACUUUUCUAAAUAAGAAUGCCUCCCUACGAUUCUUCAUCAAGCACUCUAAAGAAUACUUCAAAUUAUUAUGAACGUAGAAGGAUAGACCACGUUCUAAACACUACAAUAAAGAUUUGAAGAAUUUGGAAUUACCUUCCCAAGAAAAAAGAGUUUUGUUUUUAACUUCUUAGAAUUAGAUGAAAACACUAAAUUACUUAAGCUGAAAAGCGAAUAUCCUCCUCUCUAUGAUCCAAUUAUUUUUGCUUCAAAUUCAGAAUUAAAGAAAAUAGUUCUGAAAACUUUACAAUAAAAAGGCACCGAAAAUAAGACUCUGCUCUUUGGAAAUGGAUUGUAUUCGAACAUAAAAUAAUAUGAUUAAGAAAAUUAGUAUUUAAUCUAAAAGAAAAUACUCAAUUAUUUAUCCUCCAAAUAGAAUCUUAUAGAUAAUCUAUAAUUUUUAUCGAAAUACAAUAACAGUGAAGACGAAACUGCAAUUUUUAUAUAAAAUUUAUUGUUAGCAGCCUCAUAUUUUAGAAUUGAAGAACUAAAAAGCAAUAAAAUACUUAUUCUUUAGCUCUUACACAAAUUACAUCAAGAUUCAAAGUCCGAAAACAAUAAAUUAUAGUAUGCCUUGUUAAUUGAGCAAUCCAAAAAACUCUCAUUUUUACAAGACGAUCUGUUAUUUACAAAAAUCUAAGCUAAACCGGACCAAUCUUAAAUGUAAUAAAAUACAGUUAUAAACUCAAUCUAACAAAGUAAUUAAUAGUAAUGUGAUGGCUGCAAACUCUAAUUAUAAGAUAAAUUUUGUAUUCCACUAUUAUUGUUCAAGAAGAGCAAUAAUAAACAUUUGUCUAUGCCUGAGACAUUGAUCUCGUAACUGAAUAACCAGGAUCAUAAUUUACUUCAAAUAAGUGUAAAUGGAUGUUCACACUAUUACCAUCCAAAUUGUAUAAUGCUAAACCAACAAUAAUAAUUUUACAACUAACUUCCUGGAUGGUAUAAACAGGUCUGUAGAUUGUGUAAUCAUCCAUUCAAUAUACAAAUGCCAUCGCAUAAAGUAAUCUCCUAAUUAGAAGUUCAAUUUUUUAAUAAGGCUCUUCUAGAUAGUGUCAAUGAAAAUGGAUUAUGGGAGUAUUUAGUAAAAUCAAAUUAAAACCAACAUCAAAACAUCAUUAUCGAAAUUUACAUUUAAAUCAUAAUUGAUUUGUUAUAAUAAUUAUUUAUUGACACCAAAAGAUUCAGAGAUCUAAACAGAACAAUUGUGUUAAAUUAGGUUAUUUAUUUAUUGGAACAAACUAUAAUGAUAUAUUAAUCAUCACUUUUUAAAAUACAACCUAAAGCCUAUAAAUUUAAUGCAGGUAUAUCGAUAAUCUUUGAUAUCCUCAAUUCCAUCAAUAAUAAUAUCAUUAUUACUUAAAAUAAAUUACAAUUAAAAAAAGAGAUACUAUCAGUGGCACUUAACUAAAAAUAUGAUUAAUACAGAUAAACCUUAUUGGAUAUAUUUGGUAUCUCUACCUAAGAAGUCUAAGAGUUUUAGGAUCCAAAUAAAAUUUAGAUUGAGGAAUCAGAUCCUCUCAUAGAAUAUUAUUAAAAAAUCUAUGAAAAAUUUUAAGAAAGGCUCAAUACUUAAUUAGGCGAGAAUUUUGCUGAGUUCCAUAAGAAGUAUUUUACUAAGGGAUGUGAAUUAUGCAAAUAUCACAAUGCAUAAUUUGAAAAUAAUUAGGAUAUUCUUGUAUGUGUAAUUUGUGAAAAAGUGUUUUGUAUGAAAUAAUGCAUAAGAUCUAAAUUCGGAAAUUUGAACCAACAUGCAAUUUAAGAACACUCUGGAGGAUCCUUUUUUAUAAGUCUAAUCACUGGGUAGAUUACUUUAAUCCAGCAUCCUAUAUCAUUGCAUUCUGCUUUUGAUUUAUUUUAUUUUGAUAACUUUGGAGUAGAGAAAAUAAAUUCAGUGGCAGUUGAGAAGUGGUCAAAGUUCGAGACAAAUCAACAGGUUCUCAAGAAGAUUGUUGAGUUAAUUAUCUAUAGCUAAUAUGGGAUUACGAUAAGUAAUAAAAAAUUAGAGAACAGCUAAGGUAUAACAACAGAUGGAAGAUUAUGA